AUGCAUGUGGCAGUGGUAGCAGUGAACAUGAUAUUGCUCCUAAGCAUGGGGUGGACAUCAGACUCUCUCUGCUCACCCACAAUUUUUUACAGAGACUGCUGGAUCCGUCGCUUCGCAGGUCUUCUAAUCAAUCUGGAGGAGUCUCAGAAGCUGGGAGCCCAGUUCUUGAAGUAUUAUUCUGAAAGCACUGGCCAGGAGUGCAGUAGGAGCUGCUGUCUCCGGAAGGAUGUUUCCUGUAACCUGGCUGUCUUCUACCACAAUCCUAUUCAUGAUAAUAUCAACUGUCUCCAUGUUCACUGCCCAACACUGGAGAGCUGCAUAUUAGAGCCUGGAACCAGUGCCAUUUUGUACAACAUAACAGACGGUAUAGAUCCGGAUUUGCUGGUUUUUGAACAAUCUCCCACGUAUCUAAAUACUCGUUCUUCAUCCAAUAGAUGGGACAGACUAAGGGUUCUAAAAGCUAUGAAUUUAGAUAAACAAACCACCAUGAUAAAUGGUAUGCUGCCAUCCACAGAGGCUCCAUCCUCAACCACGCAUCAAGAUUUGGUUGAAAACACAAACAGUACCGGUUAUUCUAAGGAAUUAACCACAGAUUUUUGGGCAAUAUUUACUUCCCGGAAUGACUCCAUUACCACAAAGAUAAAUAAGGUGUCACCAAGUACUGAUUUCAUCAGCAAUCCAGAUAAUAAGACUAUUUCUCCUUUCUUUGUACCCAUAGACACAAAACUUUCUCAUAUGCCGAUCCCACCCCGACUCAACAGUAGCAAACAAUUACCGAACAAAACCAAAGGAUACAAUAGCAGAAACCACACAUCUGCGAAUGAAGAUGAGGUAUCUGUGACUUCAAAGAGUUGGCUGGUUUCUGUGGCCCUUUGCACCUCUGUCAUCUUUCUCGGCUGUUGUAUAGUCAUCCUGGCAUCUGGAUGCUGUGGAAAGCAGCAGGGCCAGUAUAAACUAGGACAGAGAAAAUCAGGAUCCUAG